AGCAGAGGGAACAUUAGACCACUGCAUGCCUGUCGUUUGCUCCCUGUGGCACUAGAAAUUGUUGUUCCCAUAUCCCUUAUAAUAAAUUGACAGGAGGAAACAGUACAAGAAGUCCACUCCAAAGCCUCCCUGAAUUGGAUGUUUUCAUUGUUUUUGUGCCGAGUUCACGUGAAGUUCCAGGAGCAGCUGGAGCAGAGAAAGGGAAAACCUUCAAGGAUCCGCUAUUAACCUCUAUCUCCGGACACACGUAAGAUAACAUGUACCUCUUAAUAGUAUUUCAAGCUAAAGCAAUGUUUUGUAUGAGCUACAAUUCAUGGCACAUACUUUAUGCAUACAAACAUGCACCUUGGCCUGAAGUACAUUUUUAGAUGUUAUUUUCAUUCAUCAAUUAAAUAGCUGACUGAAGAUUUGAGCGCAACGUGUCAAUACUUUUGAACUGGAAAGAAUAGUUUACAGCACAGAAAAUGCCUCAAAGACAUAAUUUGUUUUAUAUACCAGAUAGGUGCAGUGAAAUUUGUUAUUUUACAGGGUCAGCCAUAGUAGAAUGGCGCCCCUGGAGCAAAUUAGGGUUAAGUGCUUUGCUCAAGGGCACAUCGACAGAUUUUUCACUUUGUCAGCUCAGAUAUUCAAACCAGCGACCUUUCGGUUACUGGCCCAACGCUCUAACCGCUAGGCUACCUGCCGCCUAAAUUAACAAGUACAAAAACCACAAGAGACACGGAAUCCUGUGUAGGGACAGACUGUAUAAGUAAAGUUGUUGUCACUAGAAACGCGCCACUCUAAAAUCGCCUAAAAACAAGCAGGUAGAUUAGCAAUCUGUCAGAGGCCUGACGGUAAAAUCUGUGCUACACAUGAUAUGAUCUCUAGGCAAGUAGGCAUUGUAUUUUUUAUUUUUUUGGGGGGUGGGGAAAUCACAUUUGUAUCACUUUUUAUAUCCCACCUGGUAAAAUUUUGAUGGCAAUUGCAUUGCUUUAUGUGGUUGCAUGUGCUAAAAACAGUAUGUUUUGAAUGGGCCACAAAAACAAAUGUAUUAAUUUCAGUCAAAAUAUAUUUAGAGUUAAUUUGAUGCCUACACAUCGUUUGUAUAUCAUCCCCUCUGGAAUCACAGAGGUCUGGGUCCUCAGGUAGAGUUCACAUUCAACCUCAAUGACUUAAAGCCAGGGCAUACAAAUUACAACAACAGACGAAUUACAGCAAUUGAAAGCAACACUGUCAUAUUUAAUUUCAAUUACUUGCAUUGUGCACAAAGGGCUCUCCCCAAAUAAAAUAAAGGAGACUCUCAGAAUUUUUGGAAAGAGCAUGUCAAUGGUAACCGUGUUAGCUUUUUCCUGUGGGCUUGCAUCGAUUGGAGAGCCAUGGCACUGCUUUUGUUAUCCCAGUCAAUCACAGUAGUCUGUUUUACAUUUACAGUAGUCAUUUAGCAGACACUCUUAUAAAUCAGUGACUUACAGUGCAUUAAUCUGGAAGGAACAGGAUGUUUCUGUGGGGAAUUGUUCUUCUGUCAUGUGACCAGCCUGUCAGACAAGGCAGGCAGGCUGUGAACUACUUCUGAGAGCUCAACCCCAGACUUUACUGUUUCCUCAUUUUCUUCGCUCUCGCCUUUCGUUUGUUCACAGGCCUAGCCCGGAGCUAGGCGAUUUAACCGGCUCUCAUUGCUCUCGCUCGUUCAAAUGAAGGGGGAGAUUUUACAGGUAAACAGUUUCUCUCCCUUCCUUUGACUCUGUUUGCCAACAUCUUUCGUGCCAAGGCAGGUUUUCCCCUUGAAAAGGUGCAGAGAGCGAUUCCCCAGAGCUAGAUAGAGCCCUGUCGCUUAUGUAAUGGAAAGACUGUUUGAUUAGGUUGAGACCUGUGUGCUGGGAAUCAGUCAGGUAUUACUGCCAGAUAAGAGCCGAUGAUGACUGCUUUAAUGUUGCUCUGUUUUAUGGCCAAUUCGUUGGAAAAAGAUUAUUCCCUUGGAUUCAGUAAGUGCACUUUGAAGUUUGAGGUACAUCACAAGGCAGUGUGUUAUAGAUUGAGCAUAUCUCUUUGUAUGCAAAUACAUAAUUGAAUUACCUGAUGUAGCAAGCUGACAAUAUUAUAUUUUCUUCUUGAAAAUUGUUUAUGUACAGGAUGUUACAGGGUAAAAUAGGGAAGUUUGUGAGCACUAUGAAACUUGACGUAAAGUUAAAUCUCACUGACUUGGCAAAUUCAAUCUGAAGCCUGUAAACGUGUGUGUGUCCUAAUGAAUUCUGCUGUUUUUGUUUGCUGUGCUCAAGCCGUAUAUAAUGCAGUCAGCCGGGCCUGAGGCCAAAGCACUAGUGUUGAACAAAGGCCAUUAGGUGGGUUGGAAAAGUAAAUAUAGUUAAUUGCUCAGCCAUUAAAAAGGACACGGUGGCAUCGCUGUGACAUGGCGUUUUAGGCUUAUAACCAGAUAAUAUUAGUGGUAGGGAGGUUGUAAGUGUUAGCGAGGGAAAGAGUAAAAAAAAUAAGCAACAUGUUCAUAAAAUGCAUAUUUAAAUUGUCUAAAGUGGCUUCUGUCCUGGUCAAUUCAUAGAAGUCUAUAUGAUAUAUGUGGCCCUGUCUUUUACGAUUAGUGCUAAUGAAAGAGAAAAAGCAAGGAGAGGUUUCUACUUUUGUCUACUGAGAUGUAGCCUGAGGCCGGCAUUGGAUUCAAUCUAAAAGAUUAACGACCUGCACACAAUGACGUUUAAAGGACAUUUUAUGGAGAUUAUGUUCGCUGUAAACGUCUCUGCAGAUGUCAGAUCAUGCCCAAAUCCCAUUUAAAAGUCCAUCGCAGUGUACAGGUUUUAUCAGUGUUGUUUUUUAAAGCAAUUUUUAAUUUUUUUAGAAUUCCCCUCCAUAAGUAUUUUCACUUUGAGACUAAUUUUAAAUGACAGAGGGAUACAAGCAAUUGGGGGAAAAUAGCUUGAAUGGAUGGUGGAGGGAUUGAACCCCGGUCUCCGGGGGAGUAUGCCUAUGUGUGGUUAGAGCAGGGGAGCAUGACUCUUUACACCAGGGGCUCUGCAUCUAGUGUGUUUGUUAGUGUGGGAACAAGAGGGGAAGGCAGGAGAAUCAAAGAAUGCAUGAUUUUAAAUAAACCCCUCUUCGAGCAAAUGAGAGUGGGGCACUCAGACCCUUGGUGUGUCCCAACAACAUUUAGAAAUUAGGACAGUGACUUGGAUAUUGACAUGAUAUAACUAGGGUACACAAUGUGAAUGAAUGAAUGUUGUGUGUGUGCAUGUGGGUUAUUGUGCUGUCCUCCUGUAUGAGGGAAGUAGUCAGAUGUUUUCCACAGUGCUUAUAAUUCUUUAUUGAUAGUCUGGCAACAGUACCCAGUAAAGCAAACCAUUUUCCAGCAGGGUGAAAUCAGCUGUAAUGGUUGAUUGCAUGUGUGCCCACAUACCAGAGAACUGGGUGACUCAUUGUUUGGGUCUGUGAUAAAUAGCUGCCUCUGCUCUACUUCACAGAGACAAGUGCUUUUACCUUUGCAUUGCCCUCUAAGAUACGCACAUCAAUACGCUCCCAACAAGAAUGUCUUCUGUUUGUUUGGAUAGAAAUUGUCUUUCUUUUGAAGUCCUUCUUUCAUCCUUUUCCAUUUGAAAUGAUAAUCAGUAAUGGGUUUCUCCAGGAGCUACCCAUUUACUGGACAUUAUUGUUCUGCUAGUAGCACAUGUUUGUGCACUCCAAAAGUAAAGAAGAAAAUAAAAAAACUCUAAAGAAAAAAACAUAUUUGUGGACAAUAUGUACAGUGCCUUCGGAAAGUAUUCAGACCCCUUGAGUUUUUCCACAUUUUGUUACGUUACAGCCUUAUUCUAAAACACAUUUACAUAAGUAUUCAGACCCUGUUUCCAUUGAUCAUCCUUGAGAUGUUUCUACAACUUGAUUGGAGUCCACCUGUGGUAAAUUCAAAUGAUUGGACAUGAUUUGGAAAGGUACACAUCUGUCUAUAUAAGGUCCCACAGUUGACAGUGCAUGUCAGAGCAAAAACCAAGCCAUGAGGUCAAAGGAAUUGUCCGUAAAGCUCCGAGACAGGAUUGUGUCAAGGCACAGAUCUGGUGAAGGGUACCAAAACAUUUCUGCAGCAUUGAAGGUCCCCAAGAACACAGUGGACUCCAUCAUUCUUAAAUUGAAGAAGUUUGGAACCACCAAGACUCUUCCUAGAGCUGGCCUUCCGGCCAAACUGAGCAAUCGGGGGAGAAGGGCCUUGGUCAGGGAGAUGAACAAGAACCCGAUGGUCACUCUGACAGAGCUCCAGAGUUCCUCUGUGGAGAUGGGAGAUCCUUCCGGAAGGACAACCAUCUCUGCAGCACUCCACCAAUCAGGCCUUUAUGGUGGCGUGGCCAGACAGAAGCCACUCCUCAGUAAAAGGCACAUGACAGCCUGCUUGGAGUUUGCCAAAAGGCACUUAAAGACUCUCAGACCAUGAGAAACUAGAUUCUCUGGUCUGAUGAAACCAAGAUUGAACUCUUUGGCCUGAAUGCCAAGCGUCACGCCUGGAGGAAACCUGGCACCAUCCCUAUGGUGAAGCAUGGUGGUGGCAGCAUCAUGCUGUGGGGAUGCUUUUCAGCGGCAGGGACUUCGAGACUAGUCAGGGUCGAGCGAAAGAUGAACGGAGAAAAGUACAGAGAGAUCCUUGAUGAAAAACUGCUCCAGAGCGCUCAGGACCUCAGACUGGGGCGAAGGUUCACCUUCCAAUAGGACAACGACCCUAAGCACACAGCCAAGAAAACGCAGAAGUGGCUUCGGGACAAGACUCUGAAUGUCCUUGAGUGGCCUAGCCAGAACCCGGACUUGAACCCGAUCAAACAUCUCUGAAGAGACCUGAAAAUAGCUGUGCAGCAACGCUCCCCAUCCAACCUGAGGGAGAUUGAGAGGAUCUGCAGAGAAGAAUGGGAGAAACUCCCCCAAUACAGGUGUGCCAAGCUUGUAGCGUCAUACCCAAGAAGACUCGAGGCUGUAACUGCUGCCAAAGGUGCUUCAACAAAGUACUGAGUAAAGGGUCUGAAUACUUAUGUAAUAUAAAAAAAUAUAUAUAUAUAUAUAUUUUUUUUUUAUAAAUUUGCAAAAGUUUCUACAAAACAGUUUUUGCUUUGUCAUUAUGGGGUAGAGUGAUGAGUGACAUUUUUUUUUGUAUGUUUGUAGAAUAAGAAUGUAACCUAACAAAAUGUGGAAAAAGUCAAGGGGUCUGAAUACUUUCCGAAGGCACUGUAUAACAUUUUGUUGUUGGCUCACGUGAGUGGACCAUUUCAUACGCACAUCUGUUGAAGAUAUUACACAAACAACUGAAACAAUGGAUGUAUUGUCUGGCAGACAAAUGGAGAUGGCGUGACUAUCACAGCGAUCUGUUGCCCAAGGCAGGAAGCAUUAUUCAAGUUGUCACUGGCAACAGAGACUGUUGUAUUUCUGCCUACACUGUGAAGAUCCACCCAGAACUGACGUCUGGUCUAGUGUUAGCUGCUAGCUGCCCUUCAGAGCCGAGAAAGAGGCACACUUUUAUGUCCCUCUCUUCAUGAACAUAACCCUGCACCUUCUUUGGUUACUGAUUGUUCAGUUUAUUAUCUGUAGGUCCCUUUUAUCAUGUUGUUGGUUUGGUUUUCACUUUCUUCCCAAGCAGUACUCAUUCAUUUAUCAACUUAUUUUGAUAAUGUCAUACAAACUUCUUUCCUAUUGCGAUCUAUGUAUAAAAGCCACAGGUAUAUACAACUAACAUCAAUUAGAGGGGGAAAUACAGUGAUUUUUCCCAGAUGGGAUGUAGCCUUUCAUUUUGGAGGACUGAGUGUCUGGAUGUGUUUUUGCAGCCCUUGUCAUCAGCCCUCAAAAGAUGACGGAGGCCAUGUUUGGGACAGGGAACGAUCAGUGGGUCUGUCCCAAUGACCGGCAGCUGGCCCUUCGAGCCAAGUGAGUAUGCACUCAAAUCUCUACCAUCUCACUGAAUAUGUGGAAGUGUUUUGGUUGUGUAAAGUAUUCCUGUGCCCAUCAUUAUUUUCAUCACAUUGUAUUGUUUUUGUUGUAGAACUGAGUGUGUGUUUUGUUGAAAUUUGUUUUUGAUAGCAUUGGCAGUUCUGUUUUAUAAAACCGUUGUGACCAUUUGAUCUUACACUUUAAUGUAUAUUUAUGUAUUUGGUACAACAUUUUGCACGUGGACUAGUUUGUUUGUUUGCAGUGCAGUCAUAUAAGGAGAUGUUUUUGCUAGCAGGAUAUAUAUUUUCGUAAGGUGUGCAUACAUGCAUGCAUAAGCCUGUGUUAGUCACAUCACAUGUUUCACUUUGGCCUGCACUGCCACAUGUAAUGACACAAAAUAAUAAACAAUACAAUUGAUGGACAGCGUAAAGCAACUUGUGUGUCUGUGUCCCAGGCUGCAGACGGGCUGGUCUGUGCACACCUUCUGUACAGACCGACAGAGGAAGAGCCAGAUGCUGGAGCAGCAGGAGGUGGAGAACAUCCUUAGUGUCAUCCGCAGGGCUGAGGAGCUGGAACAGAUUGAACAGCUCCGCAUCGGGUAGGACGAGUGCGCACACACACCACACACACACACGGUUGGUAAUGCUAUUGAAUAUUAGAAUAAAACCAUUACUUUCUGGUAGUUUAUCUGGACUGACUAUCCUUAAGCUGUCAGUUGCAGCACAUAGCCAACUUUAGCCUCUGUGUCCAGGCUGUAACUGUGUGUGUGUCCCAGGAGGCUGGUGGAGCGUCUGGACAACAUGAAGAAGAGUGCGAUGGGAAACGGCCUGUCCCAGUGCCUGCUGUGUGGGGAGGUCCUGGGCCUCCUGGGAACCCCCUCCGUCUUCUGUCAGGACUGCUGCAAGGUAAAGGCCACCGCACCUCCUACUCUUCUGUUCUACUAUAGCAGAGGCCCAAACAGUCCUGAAGGGUUGCAGUGUCUUUGGUUUUCAUCCGAACCUCUUAAUCCGUAACUCUUCCCAGCAUUUGAAAGUACUUUAGGGGAUAGAGCUAGGACGAUAAAUUACUGAUACCGACAUUGCCUUCCUCUUAUCCAAACAAAUUUGCUUACAUCUGGUCAUUUUCGUGAUUAGGCAAUGGCACUAGUUUACAACCAGAGUAUGUAAUUGAGAUGAUGCACUGGUGGAACGGAGCACGUGAUUUGGGGUGAAUACAUCAAGUAGCCUAGCAAUGGAACGUUUUUGUAGGACAUUAAAGGUUCAAUCUGCGAUUGCUACAUCCAUUCUUGUACUUUUAAAUUAAUGACAUACAGUAUACCCAUUGAUUCUUGAAGAAUAUAACUUAUAAAUGCCUUAUGAGCUUAGUUCAACUGUUGUACCUCAUCAGAACCCCAAAUAUAAGAUUGAUUUACUCCAUUGUUUGUAAGCAAGGUAAUUGUAAGCAAACACUAUAUAGCCUCAAAACAUGGUUUGGUUAAAACUUACUUACUUACUUUUGAUAGAUGGUCAGUCCUUGCAUCCAUAGCUCUGUUUAUGAAUUUCAGUGGUUACAUUUCUCCAGCCCCAUCCCUCACUUUAUUGUUUGAACUGCAGAUUGCCGCUUUACAUUUACUGUUAGAUCAAUUACAUGGCUAUCUAGCAACAAUAUCCUAUUUAAAGUUUGAAAUCUAGCUAAUGUGUUUUGAGGACCGUCUUCAUCAGGUGGUGAAUAUGUAGCACAUAGCCUAAAUCAAUAUGCACAAAAAAAAUGAAGGAAAAUUAAUCUCUAAAGAGCCAAAAAUAACUGAUCAUUCUGGAUCCUAUUUUGAAAUGUUGCAAAUCAAAAUGUCAAUCAUGCAUUCCCUGAACAUGCCAACUUUUUAUUGUCUUACUUAUUGAUGGCACUGGAAAAAGUUAGUCUAGAGCCCUGCCGCUAAUGGAAAGUAACUGCAUAAAAAAAAUAUGGUUUUUGUAUUUAUCGACGAUGUCAAGCAAAAUGGGUCAAUUUAGCAUGAUAUUACUUUUUGUCCAUAUUGACCAGCUCUAGUUCAGGAGAUCUCUGUCCGAUGUCAAUUUGUUGAAAUACAAAAAAACCCAUUUCUGUUUUUGCCCUGGCACUAACACACCUGAUUCAACUAAAGGCUUGAUGAGGAUAUGUGUUCACUACUCUUUAUAACCGUGAAUCAUUACAAUUGCAGUAUUCUCCUACAGAUAUUGUGGGUUUGACAUAUUGGCCAUGAUGCCCAUUGAACUUCUCCUAUGACCAGUAGCCUUUCCGAGUGUUCUCUCCAACUCCUCUGCUCCAUGUGCUAGAGGCCAGUGGCACUGGGCGUAAUGAGAUCAGAAGGGAGGAAGUGAAACAACCCAGGGGAAAGAUUAUGUGGGUCUCUGAGAGGAAAUGUAAUAAGUGGUAUUAGACUGUAUAAACCAGAUAAGAGGGGGUUCAUUCUGCUGUUCAAUAGUGCCUAUAAUGGGGAUUCUCAUCUCAAACAGAUACUUACAAGAGCUCUGUCAUGUCUAUAACGUAAUAACUCUCGCCAAGCAAGGCAAAGGCCUAUUAGACGUAAACAGAAUGUAUGGGACUCAUAAUUGGGGAAUAUUGUAGAAUUGUAGUGAAUAGCAAUUCAAUUCACUGUUCCAAAGCAUGGACUUGACUGGAUAGCCAGCUUGUAGUAAUCACUUUUCACCAUAGGGUUGCAGCAGAGACCUCAGAUGUGAAUGCCUAAGUUGCUUACCUAAAGCAUGAAGGCAAGAGUGUUUAUGAUAACCUAUGUAAAAUAACAUAUCAAAUCAAAUUGGCAAAUAUUUCUGAAUAUACUCAUUCCCCUACAAAUGUCCCUGUAAAAAUUCUGUAGAUUUGUUGACAUUGCAUGAUAUGUUCAAAAUGGUGUACUCAUGAUGUUAUACAAACUCCUUAAGUGGUCUAUGCUAGACUGUUUUAUAUAUCACUCUGCUAAAUGAAAGCAAAUGUUGAGAGGUCAGUUUUAAGUUUGUCGGAAGGAAACGCCAGAGAGUAAGCUUAAGGCCCAGGAGAGGGCAGCAAAGCCCUAAACGAGGAGCGUAGAGCAGGCUGUGUUCACAGUCUCAUAGGAAAUGGACAUAUCUUCACCAUCCAAACUGGGAGGGACAGGUGUGGAGGCAUCCAGUAUAUUAAGUGUGUCCAAUCACAAACUUAAGUAUGCUGCUAGGGACUGUGUGAUGCUCGAUGAUGAAAGGUUGGACUGUGUAAAGCUGUGCCAUAGAGCAAAUAUAGGCCAAUCCAGGGAAUUAGGUGGAGACGGACACACACAGCUAAUGAAGUCACUAGCCGGCCUCCGCCCAGUACCCUGCCCUGCACUUUAGACACUGUUACUAGCCGGCCUCCGCCCAGUACCCUGCCCUUUAGACACUGUUACUAGCCGGCCUCCGCCCAGUACCCUGCCCUGCACUUUAGACACUGUUACUAGCCGGCUACCGCCUGGUACUCUGCCCUGCACUUUAGACACUGUUACUAGCCGGCUACCGCCUUGUACUCUGCCCUGCACCUUAGACACUGUUACUAGCCGGCCUCUGCCCAGUACCCUGCCCUGCACUUUAGACACUGUUACUAGCCGGCUACCGCCUGGUACUCUGCCCUGCACCUUAGACACUGUUACUAGCCGGCUACCGCCUGGUACUCUACCCUGCACCUUAGACACUGUCACUAGCCGGCUACCGCCUGGUACUCUACCCUGCACCUUAGACACUGUUACUAGCCGGCUACCGCCUGGUACUCUGCCCUGCACCUUAGACACUGUUACUAGCCGGCUACCGCCUGGUACUCUGCCCUGCACCUUAGACACUGUUACUAGCCGGCUACCGCCUGGUACUCUGCCCCUUAGACACUGUUACUAGCCGGCUACCGCCUGGUACUCUGCCCUGCACCUUAGACACUGUUACUAGCCGGCUACCGCCUGGUACUCUGCCCUGCACCUUAGACACUGUUACUAGCCGGCUACCGCCUGGUACUCUGCCCUGCACCUUAGACACUGUCACUAGCCGGCUACCGCCUGGUACUCUACCCUGCACCUUAGACACUGUCACUAGCCGGCUACCGCCUGGUACUCUAGCCUGCACCUUAGGCACUGUCACUAGCCGGCUACCGCCUGGUACUCUGCCCUGCACCUUAGACACUGUUUCUAGCCAGCUACCGCCUGGUACUCUACCCUGCACCUUAGACACUGUCACUAGCCGGCUACCGCCUGGUACUCUGCCCUGCACCUUAGACACUGUUUCUAGCCGGCUACCGCCUGGUACUCUACCCUGCACCUUAGACACUGUCACUAGCUGGGUACCGCCCAGUACUCUACCCUGCACCUUAGACACUGUUACUAGCCGGCUACCGCCUGGUACUCUGCCCUGCACCUUAGACACUGUUACUAGCCGGCUACCGCCUGGUACUCUGCCCUGCACCUUAGACACUGUUACUAGCCGGCUACCGCCUGGUACUCUGCCCUGCACCUUAGACACUGUCACUAGCCGGCUACCGCCUGGUACUCUACCCUGCACCUUAGACACUGUCACUAGCCGGCUACCGCCUGGUACUCUAGCCUGCACCUUAGGCACUGUCACUAGCCGGCUACCGCCUGGUACUCUGCCCUGCACCUUAGACACUGUUUCUAGCCGGCUACCGCCUGGUACUCUACCCUGCACCUUAGACACUGUCACUAGCCGGCUACCGCCUGGUACUCUGCCCUGCACCUUAGACACUGUUUCUAGCCGGCUACCGCCUGGUACUCUACCCUGCACCUUAGACACUGUCACUAGCUGGGUACCGCCCAGUACUCUACCCUGCACCUUAGACACUGUUACUAGCCGGCUACCGCCUGGUACUCUGCCCUGCACCUUAGACACUGUUACUAGCCGGCUACCGCCUGGUACUCUACCCUGCACCUUAGACACUGUUGCUAGCCGGCUACCGCCUGGUACUCUGCCCUGCACCUUAGACACUGUCACUAGCCGGCUACCGCCUGGUACUCUACCCUGCACCUUAAACACUGCUGCCCUAUGUAUAUAGAGUCAUUGAACACUGGUCACUUUAAUAAUGUUUACGUAAAUGUUUGUUGUUCUGAAAUCGUUUAAUAAACAGAUAUGAUUGCUAUUCCUGCAACAUUAUUUUGUUGAAAUGGCAUUUGAUCUCUGAGAAAUUAAGCUCAUUGAUUACUCACUUUAUAUGUACAUAGCUCAUCCUAUAUAACUACUGCUGUACAUACCUUUUCCUACUUCUUUAUUGUCCAUACUGUCUAUACACACCACGUAUUUAUAUUCCGGACUCUUGACAUUGCUCAUUUUGAUAUUGCUCAUUCUGAUAUUUCUUAAUUUCUAGUUAUUAUGUUUAAAAAAAGUUAUGUUUAUUUUUAUUUCUGUAUUAGUAUAAUACUGUUAGACAUUUACUGCACUGCUGGAGCUAGAAACAUAAGCAUUUCGCUGCACCCGCUUUAACAUCUGCUAAUCUGUGUAUGUGACAAAUAAACGUUGAUUUGAUAUGACCCUCAGUUCGCUUCAGGUGUGGGAGCGGUGGAAUCUGUCUCAGUAUAACACCACACACACUUUAGGUCAUUGACAUUGACACACUGUGAUUUUAGACUUGUUACGUUUUCCUUUCAACUUCUCUUAUGAAGUAAGCUACUGCUUACUCAGUAAAGAAAAACGGAAUUCCCCACAGUAGAGAUACAUAUUUCUAUGUCACAUUUAUAUGCGCCGAAUACAACAUGUGUAGACCUUACAGUGAAAUGCUUACUUACAAGCCCUUAACCAGCAAUGCAGUUUUAAGAAAGAAUACCAAAAAGAAUCACACCAAAAAAUACAAUAUAAAAUAAUACAAAAUAUUAGUAACAAAUAAUUAAAGAGCAGCAGUAAAAAUAACAAUAGCGAGGCUAUACAGGGGGUACCGGUACCGAGUCAUUGUGUGGGGGCACCGGUUAGUCGAGGUAAUUGAGGUAAUAUGUACAUGUGUUUGCAUAUCUACUACUUGUUGACUUUUUAUAGUCUUGUCAAUAAAUGCCCCCAGUCUAAACACAUAGCCCAGAUUUGUUAGUAUGUAAUUGGAAGGUAGACAGAUGUAUUGGUCGCUAGGUGACUGUGUAGAGUCUUCAGAUGAAGACGUGCUCUGGGUGUGAACUGACAGGUGUACACAUCCAUCAGACUAUGCACUAGCUAGAGUACAGAUGAGAUGGCUAUGGUCAGGCGUCUUUGAGCCAGUUAUCCUGGACCCCAGAAGCAAAUCCUACGUGCGCUGGACAGCUUUAUGGCAUAAUAAAGCAUUUAUAUUCACAUUCUGUUACAAGAGACAAUUGAGGCAGAUGUGUCACAGUUUAUUUUAGCUGAUGGCAGUUUACCAAAAAUGUUUGAUCUAAGGAGGUGGAGACCCAGAUAUUCUACUCUCUCUCUGACAAAAAAUACUGAGCUACUUCAGGAAAGACAAUUAUGAGCACUUCAGCCAAGCUCUCUCCUCCAUUGCGUAAGGCUUGAUUAAAGCUUCCUUCCUGUGACUUUUUCAAAUCAAAUCAAAUGUUAUUGGUCACAUACACAUAUUUAGCAGAUGUUAUUGUGGGUGUAGCGAAAUGCUUGCUUUACAUAAUCAACCCUGCUUCCAAAUCGAUUCUUAAGGUAACGUAAUUGGAUGGUUUUUACACUGCUGCAUCCGACCAAGCUCUCGCUUUGUCAAAGGCUACGCUAGGUGAACACAUUGAAGAGCUAGCUCCAUGUUUUGUUGCUCUCUAGGGACAUACAAAUGUUUCCUUUCUUUUUGUAAGAUAAUGUAUUUCUUAUUUUUUAAACAAUACAAAACAUGCGCAUACAAAUGACAACAUACAGACUCACACAAACAUCCACAACAUCACCCCUGCUCAGACCCACCUGCUCACACCACUAUCUCCAGCGCCCGCAUCACUCUCCACCACAUGGCCUCAAACUGCUCCGUUUUGUUUCUCUCCGUCUCCCACGCACUUUCAACAUUUACAAAUAUGUUUCUGAUGAUUGUAUUAAUGCUCAGUUCCAAGUCAAUCCCUUAGCCCUUACUCCCUAGCCACUGCUGUAGAUCGGAGAGGACUGGAUAGAUUUAUGCAAUAUGAUGAAAACUACACCCAGCCAGCCAUGCAGAAUGCAGAAGGAAGCUGUCUUCAGAAGUUCCUAGUGUGUAGGGGCUAGAGCCCAUUUGAAAUUCAGCAGAAGUCUGCAUGUUGACAUGACUCACCCACUUUAUUUGUGGUGGGAGGAGGUGGAGCAGUGUUGUGUUGAGUUGUGCAAUGACUUGACAUCAUGGAAAUACAUAAUGUGUCACAGUGACUUUUCUGUGAACUUUUCAAUGUCACAAACUUGGCUGUGAUGGCUCAGCAAAUUUCCAACACUAACUACUGAUGGUACUCUAGAAUCGAAUAUCAGUGAUUUUAUUCUGUUUUGUUCUUUGAACAAUAUAAAAAAAUAAGUGUCCUUUCAAAAGCUUUAUAUUUAUUGACAUUCAUUUCAUUAUUGCAGAAUAUAUAUUAUCAGGGACUCUCCAGUUUUAUGAAGUUGUUGGACUUGCUAAAAGUUUUUCACUUGGCACUGACUGUUUUCAAUUUCAAUAUGGAACAUUGCAAUUUGUAUGAAAUUGCAUAGUAAUUCAAGCCAAACUGUAAAAUUAUCAUGUGCUUUUUUUACUGUUACAAAAGACAGCGGCAAAGUGCAACAACUUAACUUUAUAGCUAAGUAUUUAUAUUACCUUUUAGAACUUACAGUAUAUAAUACAUAUUACAGUAUAUAUAAGUAUUGUAUAACCUUUUUGUGUUUUGUCCACAUUACUCAGUACGCCACUCAUGGUCAAUUCAAAAUCGGGUCUUAUUUAAAAAACGUUAUUCUCUCUCUCUUACAGAAAGUGUGCACUAAGUGUGGCAUAGAGACCCAGUGCAGUCAGAAGAGAACUCAGUGGCUGUGCAAGAUCUGCAGUGAAGACAGAGAGGUAACCAACAUCCUUACAACUGGAUAG